GUGUGCAGACGGGCUUAUUCAUAUUUCCUGGAAGCUGGCAUAAGACUAUAUCCAUUCAUGGGGCUCGAAGCGAUCAUCUCUUUCGCGUCAACGGACAUCAACUGAUAACAACUUGGAUGGCCUUAGACAUUGGCUGCAUACGAACGGAAGAGUCCGACCCUGACUUAAUGUGAGACAGAGUAUAUGACGAUAGGAAUAACUACGAUACUAUCAUCGACUUGAGAGUCUCGUGACCCCUAUCCAUCAUAAUGUGUAUAAGUACCUCGAAGAGACGGUCCUUGACUCUCCCUUUUAUUCAAGAAUAACACCAAGCUUCUACACUCGCUAUCUCGUGACAUAUCCUCCAUUUCGUCUUCAAGUUCCUUAACCUCACUUAAAGGCAUCAUGCUGUUCUCCAAGCUCUACCUCGCUACUAUGUUCAUGGCUAGCGCCUUUGCUGCGCCCAUGCCGAACAAUGACAACAUCAAGAGCCCGGCCUACUCCGUAGGAAAGGAGAAAAGUCGCUGUGAGACUGUCCCCGAGCAGGUUCACGCGCGCGUGAUGGCGGAUGCUGCGGCUGACAAACGCAGCGAUGAGAGUGAUGCUUAUUAUACUCUUACCUUCCAGAUUGAUAAUGAGGGCGAUGCUGAGGAGUAAUAUGGUAUAGGGAGCGGGUAUUACCGUAUUAUCAGGAAUUUUGAUGCUCGAGUUGGGGAUAGAUGGGUUAGUGAGAGAGAAACUAAGUGUUACAAAGAGAUAGACCGAAAUUGUGGAAUGAGGUUGAAUUAUCUGCUGAAGAGGUAACACAAUAUAACAUUGGAUUGACGAAAAUGUAAUAUGACUUCUAGAAUAGUAGUGAUUUAUAAACAUUCGUAGAGUUCUG